AUGGCACCUACCGACUCUCUCCUCGAGUCCGAACAACUCUUCUCUCAACCUCCCUUCUCCACACUCCUUGACGCCCGUAUACUUCGAGCAUUAGCAGAUCUUUCCUUCGCUCAUCCUACUUUAGUCCAGGCCAAAGCUAUACCUCUUUUACUAGAAGGUAAAGAUGUGCUGGCUAAAGCUAGAACGGGAAGUGGGAAAACGGCAGCUUAUGCUGUUCCUGCUUUACAGAAGAUUUUGGAUGUGAAAGAGACCCUGUCUCCAGCCUCUGAAAAUUACCAAGUGACCCGUUCUCUUAUCCUUGUCCCCACACGAGAAUUAUCUCUCCAAGUGACAAAAUUCAUCACCUCCCUUCUUGCUUAUUCCGAGCAUAUAACAAUCUACAACGCUUCUUCCUCUUCCACCCUCCGCGCCGAUUCACCGGACAUAAUCGUAUCCACCCCUUCACGGUUAUUGACAUUGUUGGAGAGUCGUCAGGUCGACUUGACACAUCUCGUUCUGUUGGUGAUUGAUGAAGCGGACUUGGUGUUGAGUUAUGGACAUAAAGAGGAAUUGCAGAGAUUGUGUGAUCCCAAUGAGGGUUGGAUACCUAGAUUGGGAGUACAAGGUUGUUUGAUGAGUGCUACGUUGGGCGAAGAGGUGCAAAGUAUCAAAGGGAUGAUUUUGCAUAAUCCUGCCAUUUUGACUUUAUCCGAACCUACCUCUUCCCUCUUGACCCAAUACUACACUCAUACAUCCGAACGAGACAAAUUUCUCCUUCUUUACGUCCUUCUCAAACUCAAACUCAUACGAGGUAAAAGCAUCGUUUUUGUCAACACUGUCGACAGAGGUUAUAUGGUCAAAUUAUUCCUCGAGCAAUUCGGCAUCAAGAGCUGCGUGGUCAAUGCUGAAUUACCUCUUGGAAGUCGAUAUCAUGUAGUGGAAGAGUUCAAUCGAGGGGUUUAUGAUGUGAUAGUUGCUACUGAUGAGGUCGCCGGGGAUGGAGAGCCACCAGAGGAAGAAUCACAAUCUGUUGAGGCUGAACUUGAUGAAGGUGCCGAAGAAGGGGGAGAGGGGAAUGAUGCAGCAGAAGAGGUGGCGGAAGAGAAGAAAGCUGGCUCCAGUAAGAGGAAAGUCCCACCACCACUCAACAAUCGAAAACGCCAGAAGAGACAAAAAGACCCAGCGUCCUCUCUUGCCAGAGGAAUCGAUUUCACCUCUGCAUCUUCCGUCAUCAACUUCGACUUACCUACCAACCCCACGGCUUACAUGCAUCGAGUAGGUCGGACGGCUCGAGCCGGUCAUUCGGGGUUAUCACUCUCUUUUAUCGUUUCCCGUUCCAAAUGGAGUCAAGAUAAGCUAAGACAAGUGUCCCUCUCCACCGCGGAGCACGACGAGGAGGUGUGGGAGAGGAUCCUUUACCGGGUCAGUAAAGAAGGUGGAGGAGAGAUGAAAGAAUGGGACUGGGGUGGUAGGAAAAGUGAGAUUGACGGGUUUAGAUAUAGGAUGGAGGAUGCGUUAAAGAGUGUGACCACGAAACGUGUACAAGAUGCUAGAAGGGAAGAAGUGAGGAGAGAAUUAUUGAACAGUGAAAAGCUCAAAGCCCACUUUGCUGCGAACCCCCUUGAUUUGAAUUACCUUCGUCACGACGCUCCAUUACAUCCAGCUAGAAUCCAGUCGCAUCUCAAACACGUACCGUCUUAUCUCAUGCCCAAAGUGGCCCGUCCGUUCAAAGGAGACAUUUCAGAUGGUACACAUGUCAACUUUGCCCGAGGCAAAUAUCAAGGAAAGGGACGAGGAAGAGGUGGAAGGAAGAAGAUGGAUCCGUUAAAGUUUAAAAGCUAGUCCUGUGGGGGAGGGGGAGGGGGAUGAGAUCUGAAAGAGAUCUCUGAAGUCACGUGAUGCCAAGAUUUCCGUUGCAUUUGUAAUUUUCUUCC